CCUUCUUCAGCCUCCCAGAGUGCUGGGUCUACAGUCAUGCACUACACCAGGCUCUCCCAAAUCUUUAGAUUUGGAUCUCUCUGGUCAGAUGGUGAAGCCAUUCUGGGCAAGGGAAGGAGAGGAGGAAGAGCAGGUUUGGCGGGAAAAUUAGUUCAGGACAAGUUAUGUUUAAGGAACCUGUAGGAUGUCAACGGGUUUGGCAUUUAGGAGAGGGGUCUGGAGUGGUUGACAGAGAAAUCUAGAGCAAGCCGUAUUCACAGUAAGGAACUAGAGAAGCCGCUAGUGUUGGGGUGUUUAAGGUGUGGCGACCUAUCAGCUAGGAAGUCAGCCUCGUGACCGCCUGCUCCGGCGGCCGGGCGCUUGCAGUCAGUCCCCUGGGCCGCCCAAUCCCGCCUCUCUGCGUCUCCUUUUUCUCUUUAUCCAUUGGUCAAUACUCCAGCCGGUCAAGGGCCCGCCUCCGAAUAUAAGCCAAUCAGCGAUGAUAGGAAGGCGCUUUCCCCCUGGAACUUGUUCUUGAAUAGGGGCCUUACUGGGGUAAGCGAGAAGCCGGUGGAGGCGGUUACGGCGCUCUGCGCAGCCCAGAGACUGAGGGUCGGAUCUGCUGGCAGCGGCGAGAAGAGGGCGAGGGUCCAGGGUUUAACAAAUCCUCAUUUGCUGGCAUAGUCUCAGAAUGUCAAGUACUGUGUCCUACUGGAUCUUAACUUCUGCAAGAAGUUGCGUUACCACAUUACAAGGUGGCAGACACUUAUACUCAAGGUGUGUCUCAAAAAGGAAUCAAUCCAAAUGGAGGCUCUUUUCCUGGGCAUCACCUACCUUACGAAACAGUUCACUAUGUGGUGCCUUCACUCUGCAGAAAGCCUACAGACACACAUCAACAGAGGAAGAGGAUUUCCACCUGCAACUCAGCCCUGAGCAGGUAAAUGCAGUGCUUCGAGCUGGUGAAUCAACCUACAAGAUUCUUGAUUUAGACAGCAAAGUCCCGCGUUCUGUGUUGCAGUUUGAAAGCAACCAGUUGGCUGCAAAUUCCCCAGUGGAAGACCGUCGAGGAGUAGCCUCCUGCCUGCAGACCAGCGGGCUGAUGUUUGGCAUCUUUGAUGGACAUGGUGGUCAUGCAUGUGCACAAGCAGUGAGUGAGAGGCUCUUCUACUAUGUGGCAGUGUCCCUGAUGUCCCACCAGACCUUGGAGCAGAUGGAGGGAGCAAUGGAAAACAUGAAGCCCUUGUUGCCUAUCCUGCAGUGGCUCAAGCACCCAGGGGACAGUAUCUACAAGGAUGUCACAUCAGUGCAUCUUGACCACCUGCGUGUCUAUUGGCAGGAAUUGCUUGACCUGCACAUGGAAAUGGGUCUGAGUAUUGAGGAAGCACUGAUGUACUCCUUCCAGAGACUGGAUUCUGACAUCUCACUGGAAGUCCAAGCUCCCUUGGAAGAUGAGGUAACAAAGAAUCUGUCACUCCAGGUUGCUUUUUCUGGGGCAACAGCUUGCAUGGCUCACAUCAGUGGAGUUCACUUGCAUGUGGCAAAUGCUGGUGACUGCCGGGCCAUCCUUGGUGUCCAAGAGGACAAUGGCAUGUGGUCUUGUCUACCUCUCACCCGUGACCACAAUGCCUGGAAUGAAGCUGAGCUCUCUCGGCUUAAGAGGGAGCACCCUGAGUCAGAGAACAGGACAAUCAUCAUGGAUGACAGGCUGCUGGGUGUCCUUAUGCCCUGCAGGGCCUUUGGAGAUGUCCAGCUGAAGUGGAGUAAAGAGCUGCAGCGCAAUGUCCUAGAAAGGGGCUUUGAUACUGAGGCCCUCAACAUUUAUCAGUUCACCCCCUCACACUACUAUACACCACCCUACCUAACUGCCAAGCCUGAGGUUACAUACCACAGGCUGAGGCCCCAGGAUAAGUUCCUUGUGCUGGCCUCAGAUGGCCUGUGGGACAUGUUAGGGAAUGAAGAUGUGGUGAGGCUGGUAGUGGGGUACCUGUCUGAGGCGGGUCGCCACAAGCCAGACCUGACCCCAAGACCUACAAACCUGGGCCUCAUGCAGAGUCUGCUGCUGCAGAGGAAAGCCAGUGGCCUCCACGCAGCUGACCAAAAUGCAGCCACACAUCUGAUCAGACAUGCCAUUGGAAGCAACGAAUAUGGGGAAAUGGAGCCAGAGCGGCUGGCAGCAAUGCUGACAUUGCCAGAGGACUUGGCAAGGAUGUACAGGGAUGAUAUUACUGUCACUGUAGUGUAUUUUAACUCACAGUCAAUUGAUGCAUCUUAUAAGGUAGAUUAGGAGUGAGCUAUUCAAGCCUGGCUGUUAAAAGGACAGGCAGAUAGACAGCUUGCUGAAAAAUUGACUAACAGGAGAAGGAAACAAAACAGCCUAGGUUUAAAAGCUGUAACAGUGACUUUUUGCCCCUGUGUGUACUGGUCAACUGUUCAGGGCAGAGGGGAGGAAAAAAAAAAGUUCAUAGAAUUGGCUUGGGUUCUUGUAGCCUAAGCCCUUUAUAAAGAAAAUUGAACUGUGUCAUCUGGAGCUUUUAAAAGGUACAUUUAAUCAUGAUCCUAAGAAUAAAGAACUUCAGGAUCUUCUGAGGUCCAGCUGCAAGAAUCUGCAAAUUUGAUCUGAAUUCAUAAUCAUGCACUUCUAGAUAAUGAAGUUUUGUUUUGUUAAUUACUAAGGCCUAGGUUUAGAGAGCAUAUUACAGAACACUUUUCUAUGCAACAUUUUAAAUUUUUUGGACUAUUCUGUAAUACUGCAUUCUAGAUCUUUUAGUUCAUUUAAAAACUGAAUCCUUAAAAAAUAAAUAACUGGAAUAAAAACAAAAGCAAAAGCCUGA